CCUAAUCAGCGGCCGAAGGCAGAAAGGGAGAUGAGCAAACGGAUGUCACAGCAUAUUUUGCAAGAAACUGGUAUCCCUGUGCCUAUCGGCUCAGGGGCCCGUUUCUCGAAAGUCCCGAUAAUUAACGGGCCCGGUAAGCUGUCUCGGUUUCCAUUAAAGAUCGAGGUUUCAAUAGUUUUGCAUCUAACAUGAUAAAACUAUCAGUUAAAGAAACAAAAUGGAGUAGUUUGCUUGCCAGGAGCCGCGCUCCUAUUCUUUUUACUUCGAUUUGAAUAUUUGAUUUCGGGCCUGAAAAGUUACCGGGACUUUCGAGAAACGGGCCCCAGGAACGAUUGAUUACUACUAGAGUUAAUAUCAGGGUUAGAAUUUGAGUGCUACAAUGGGAGGGAAGAAAGGAAAGGAAACCGCCGCGCACACCUGUUAAGUCUGUUAUAAACUUUCUCGUCCUGACGGUUUCAAAGAAGGGCGUUGUUAAUUGUGGCUGCUAUUUAAUUUACAGUGUCUGUUGCAGGUGUUGAAUUAAUCUUACAGCAACUGGAAACGUGGCCACGCCUGCUGAAACUGAGAUUGCUUAUAGGAUGAACAGCUAUAGUUUGGUAUAUUCACGAGCGCGUUUUGUCCAGUGAACUGAGUGCGUAGUUUUUCUUAACGAAGGGAUGGGGUGGGUCAAGUGAAUAGCUAGGGGAACGUUUGCUCUCUUGAGGGGGGGGCGGGGGUAUAUUUGUUGAUAUCAGGAGUUCUGGCCUGAAUAGAGUCGUUGUAAAGCUAUUUUUGCUUCGGAGUAUCGGUUUACCGGAAGCUGAGCAAGGAAAAGUCAAUGGUGCAUUUAUGGAAUAAUAAUAGAGAUUCUCAUGGUCUAACAGUGCGAAGAUUAGACUUCUGGUAAGGUGGCAACGAUCAAGGCCCGCAUUAUAAUUCAUGAUAAUUGAAGGUCAUGAUGUGGAAAAAGCGGCUGAAAUGGUGGAUGCCUUGCAAUCCUCUCGGGUGGGGGCGGCGUACCUGGCCUUAACGGUUGCCCCUGCGACAGAAGGCAAGCAUGCCCAGAUUGUCCACGGGUUUCUAAAUGAGACCGUGCCUUUCUUAGUACCCGUUCCCUGUCUUAUAAUUAGACCCGGGCAAAUUUCUCGAGAUUGCACCAUCAUUUUGGGCUUAAAACUUCCAAAGUCCAACAAUAAUAGCGCAUGUUCCCGACUGUUUUUUAAGUCAGUCAAGUUCUUAAACCAGGCCUUAAACGGCCAGUUUUAAGUGUCGAUAACAGUUAAAAAGGCGUACAAGCCUCAUGCAAAAGACAGUGGGAAGGAAGUGCACAUCGGUGAUAGGGAAAAAGGAGUAGCCCACAGUUAUUUAGGGGUGGAUCUUUCGAAACAUUCUUAUACUCUUCGACAGAUAUGCAUUGUUUAAAGUUUUAGACAAACCAGGUGUAAAUUUAUAGUAAGAAACUGUUAAAUAUACAUCAGCAAGAUUUUUGCGAAUCCUAUUUUUCGCUGGAGACUAUCGUUUACUGGUUGGUCACGCAAUCAAAGGUAACGUACUUUCCCACGUUUGUUUACUCACCUUUCGCUCAGCAAUACUGACUGCGUUCCACAAAGGAUCCAAAUUGCGCUAGAAAUGUUUUGCUAUUCGGCUCACUUUUUAUCUCAGGUAAGGCACUGCAAAGCUGAUUCACUUACGAAGAUUCGAGGGAGAAUUAUUUCUUGAUGUUAUUCUGAUUUCGCAGUCACGGGAAAACAGACCUAGACUCAGGUCCACUCGCAGACGCCAUGCUGCAAUCUACAAGAUCUCAAGAACAGAAAUUACCCAUUGAACGGCCUCUCCUUUUGAAGAUUGCGUGUAUUUCAUUAAAACAGGUACAUAUUAAAAGAAUCUUGUUAGUUUCUCCCUUUUAACGAGCUCAAAUCGAUGCAUAAAACUAAGGUGACGUGCAUGUGUCAAUAGCAGUUGUUUGGGGCGAAAUAACCUCAAAAUAAUCAAUCUAUUUUACAAGCGUUCACAAGAACACCAGACUAACUUUCAGAUGAUGUUGAAGUACUAUAUCUCAUUGGGUAGUAAGCGGGAUUUGGGGUGAUUUGAAGAAUUCCCCCAUAUAGAAAAUUCGAUUUUGGUUUUAGCGGUAAAUUGUUGUAUUUAUAAGCAUUAUGCAAAUUACGUUUAAAAAUUCUGUGGUUCGUCGAUAUUUUGUACUCUAAAUCUAAAAAAAUGUGCCCGUUCAGAAAUUGUUACAUAUCUGGUUUUUGAGAUUUAAGUGGAAGAUUGCCAAUAUAUUUGCUCGUUUAUGAAAGUCAGCUCAUUUCUGUCGCUUAACCUGAGAUCAGGCCCAAUUUGAGGCUGUGUAUAAAAGUGGGACGGGGACAAGGGGACGGGGACAUCGGGACGCGUGUGUGGGGACUUGGGACUUGGGGACGCGAGACGAGGGACUUGGGGACGUCAAGUAUGGGACGCGGGGACGUCAAAAACUGGGACGCAGGGAACCCGGGAUGUUAAUGAUUAUUGCAAAAGUCGGAGGUAAAUGCGAUAUCUCUUUCUUCGUGAAAAUGUGUUAUUUAUGGUCAACAUUAGAUUCCAUCUUCCAAAACCACAUAGGACACCUUAUGAUGUUUACACAAGAUAUUUCUUUAUAAUAGAAGUAUUAAAAGCCCACUGACUAUCGUGAUCAGGUUUAGGGUUGAUUUCCACUGUCGCGUAAUUUUUCCAUGCCUACGUGCGUAAAAUUUAGACGCAACAUCUGAAAGGCCGCACGUAAGCGUAAAAGUAGAAUCUCGCUCAACUUCAAGUUUAAUCUCGACAAUUUAUAUCUUGCCUAUCUUAUUUACGUGAUUAAAAUUUACUUGCGCAUAGCCAAAAACGCGUCUGUGGAAAUCAACCUUUAAUUACUGUUAGCAAGCAUUUACUGUUAGGUUUGCCACUAAAAAUGUAGAACAAAAUAAAUAUUGCUGCAAUAGUUGAAUCCCUCGUGGUUUAGUGGUACAGGCGAUGGAUUUCGGAGUUAGAACUUUGGGAUUCGAAGCUCGCUAAUGCCACUUAAUUUUUAUUUAUUUGGAAUCGAAUGCUGUUAUUCUACAUAAUUUUUGGCGACCGCAACCCACCCUACCCUACUGGCUCCAAUAUUCCAUCAGCAAGAAGACUAGGACAACGGUUUCACUUUCUUCAAUGCAGGGGCUCUUCGCCGAGUCUUCUCUUCGUAAACAGGCAUGGAGGAACCCUAAGGAGGGCAGGGUGGGUUUCCUUUCACCAAAACAUAUUCACGAGGAAAGUGACUGAUAUCGCAUUUACCUGCGACUUUUGCAAUAAUCAUUCACAUCCCGCCUCCCCUGCGUUCCUGUAUUUGACGUCCCCGCGUCCCCGUCCAACACGUCCCCGCGUCCCAUAGUUGAUGUCCUCAAGUCCCUCGUCUCGCGUCCCCCACGUCCCAAGUCCCCACACAUGCGUCCCGAUGUCCCCGUCCCCUUGUCCCCGUCCCACUUUUAUACACAGCCCCAAUUUGAGCGGUUCUCAUACAUUCUCUCUAACGGCUACCGCUGAAAUUGGGCCUGAUACAAACUAUUACAAGUUUGUGCUCAUUACGGCCAGAUUUUGGCCGUAACGCUGAUUGGCUGUUAGAACAAUGCCACAAGAUCUGAUUGGCUGUCGGAAACGCCGGAAGUUGAAAGCGCUUAUUCCUCGCGUGGUUGUUUUCGUGAAUAAUCCGUCGUCGGUGGACAGAAGGAUCGAUGUUGCUGUCUUUUUUAUUGUUUUAUGGUCUUAUGGUAGGAAAAUAUGCCUUAAUGUGUGCCAUGGAAAUUCAGAAAAUUCAUGUGGUUGUUCAUAUCUUUUCAGGAUUUGCUUUAUUUACGGAAAGUGAGUGUAUCGCGGAGUUGAAUCACUCUGCAAGUUGUUGAUCGCUAACAAGGUGCAUUUUGAUUUACCAACAAAUGGGUGCAAAUCAAAAUACUGUCCAUCUUAAAACUGGUUUCAUUUGAAAGUUUAGCCGGGAAUGACUUCCCUGAACGGGGUACGCAAGCGGAGGCUCACUGCGAAAGAAACCUCAAUCGCCAACUGUGAAGUAUUAGACGAAGAAUAUCGCAUCGCUGUUCAAGGAAUUUUCAGUGUUCACAGACUGGUUGUUUGACUACGCUUUUUGUUAAAAAUAAACCAAGAAAACUGGUGUCCUCGCUCGUUGGCUGUUUGCUUUUGUUUUUAAAGAUUUAUGUACUGAAAAUCGGGGGAAAUUGCCAAGGAAAAUAUCAAGAGAACGGAAAAAUUAACAGAUAAAAGCUAUUUUUUAAGUCAGCCAGUCUGCAUUUUUCCCACGCGUGAAAAAUUUGCAUACUAGAAAAACAAGCAACGGAAGUAAUUCUGAUUGGCUGAUUCGGCAAAUGUCAAUCAAUCAAAAAAAUGGGCGGCAGACAUUUCGUUAAAAGUUUGUAUCAGGCUCUCUUUUCGUUUCGCCUUGCCCACCGGAAUGUAAUUUUCAAAGCGAAACGGAAAUAGAGCCUGAUCUCAGGUUACUGUCGCUAGGCUAUAUUCCGUGUUCGGCGGCUAAUUUUAGGCCAGCAGACCGUUGAAAUCAAAACUCUCAAAUAAUUCCCAAACUAGGCCGCAUUUUGAAAUUUAAACCUCAGCAGUGUUAUAAACUCAUUAAAACCUUAUUACAGACUGAAAAUGAGGGUAAGUUAGGUUUUGAGCUGUGGCCACGAUUUGCCGAUUUUGCUCGAUUUUUCUGUGCAUUCGCUCUUAAAGCUCUUAAAAGGAUGAUCCUGGGAAAAAUUUGGUGCGAUAUAGUAUGGUGGUAUGGAUAAUAGUUCUCGAGUAGGACAUUUAAACGCAUUCGAAUUUUAAAUAAUUGUGGACUGUAUCGAUUUACUGUUAAAUACUUUACUGUUAGAGACAUCCAUGCAAAAGUCUGGACACACAUGGUGUUUGUCUGGAAUCGCUCUACCCGUGUAGGAAAGUUUUACUUGAAUGGUGCGUCUGCAGGAGAACAGCAUUAUACUGGACAAGAUAUUGACCUCAACCUGACAAAUCACACGACAUAUGAGCUUGGUUUCAAAAAAGACUCAAAGAAAACACUCCAUGGUUCGCUGAGGGAUUUGAUGGUCUUUUUGCGACCACUUACGUUUGGAGAAGCUUUUAUCCUUUACAGUAAGUUCUGCAUUUUUUAUUGCAGUAACUACAGGCGUACCGUAAAGGUUUGAACCCUGGAGUCUUUUGAUAAGUGGUAUAGGUUGAGCAUGAUCGUCCGGGUGAUCGUAGUCCAGAAAAGGACUCUUGUUGACAAUGACUGACGUUUCGACAACCUGUGCGGUAGUCAUAUUGAGAGAUGUAUCACGUCCUUUUAUGGUAUUUAACUCUGGUUACAGGCGUACUUACUAGAAAAGUUUGCUAGCAAUAGUUGAUAAGUAUCAAGUAAGGUGCAACAAAGAUUCUACUUGUAUUCAAUGGGGUGUCUUCCGCUUUCAUGAAUGUGGUCAUAAGAGAGGGAACUGUAUAACAGUAAGCAGUAUCUUGGAUGAUAGGUUUCCUGAUGUAGAGAGAUAAAAAACAAAUGAGUUUCUUAGGUUUCUACGUUUUUCCUACGCAGGCCCAACUCGAGCACUUUGUCCGAUUCGAAGUACGGCUGCUGGAGGAUGCUGCGAAUUUCCAUUCGUUUACAAGAAUACAGAACACAAUACGUGUACAAAUGUGGAUUCGGAACGCUUGUGGUGUGAAGUUAAAUCGAGAAACCAGCGUCACCCAAUGUGGGGGUGGUGUUCUAGUAAGUAAAUACGCGCCCUCGAUUCAUUUUCGUACUGGUAAAUCAUUCAUCAGAGUUUUCUUUGUUGAUCUUUUGUGUUGGAAAAUCAAUGCUCUUGUUGUUGUUGUUACUUUUUUCUUUAAAAUAAUUUAUUACCAGUCAAUUCAUCAAUUGAUUCAUCCACUCAAAUCAUUAUUUUGCACUUUUCCAGUGUAAAUACUGUUUUCAACACAUAUCAUCCUUUCAAAUUCUUCAUUUUUUUGUUUUCUACUAUUUUCUAGUAUACGCUGGAUGUUUUCAGUUUUACGAAGGAUUAUGUGGAUGGAGAAAUUGGAACCAAAGCGUUUCACCCUGGAAACAAGCCGUGAAGUUGGAUAUGGAAACCCUUACCAAGCAAGUUAAAUCGUAUUUGCAAAGCAAAGGGGGAAACUCAGAACCAGGUUAUUGAAAAUGGGGAUAUUUUUCUCCGUUUAAUUUUCAUUGCAUUUUAUCUAGAGUGUGUAGUGUCAUGGAACCUUGGCACAACUAUCAAAUAAUUUUUGAUUCACUGCAUGCAUCGAGAGUUCCACGGCUUUACCCUGCACUCAGGUGAUCUUCAAAAUAAGCCUUAAAGGGGCUUUGAUGUCAUGGCUGUCAAAUUUCCUGUCGUCAAUAUUGCCAAUUACACGUCUUUAUUCUCAAUGGAACUUUAUGUAAGUAAAGAAAUAACUUUCAAACGACAAAAUCAUUGCUUCAUGUCAAACAAAUUUGUCCCCAGACAUUAUAUCAAAAGUCACAGACAAGGAGAAUGAACUUUUAAAAAGGCACCUGUUAGGCUAACAAGUUUUCAAAAACCUCAAUUGCAAUCCGUUUCAAUCUUCUUGAAAUUUGUCCAUCCGUGCCUCCUUUUGGUGGCGGUUUCCACUGUUUGAAUUUUUAUAAUUUUCGUGGCACAUGUACAGCUUCCUUAAUGUCGACGUUAUCUUUCUACAGACUUUAUAAAGGAUAGUAACUACCAACUGGACUUCGUUGAAAAUCACAGUGGGCAUGUCAACAUAACUGAUCUUCCAAAUCUCGUUGCUUUCACGAUCUGUUUCUGGAUGAAGACUACAGAUAAUACAAGUGCAGGGACUCCCAUAUGGUACAGAGUCCGAUAUGAAACUAACGGAAAAUACAUAACUACUAUUGCACUUGUGGACUACCGAGGAUUCUAUAUUUAUGUAGGCGGGUCGCAGUCGUAAGUGUGCCUAAUUUCUUUUUAUUUUGUCUCUUCUUGACGGGAAGGGCAAUGUUCAUCUUGUUUGUUUUUAUCGUCCAUUAAAUAUUGCAAUAAUGGUAAUGGUCAAUGGUUUCUUUUAAUACACGACUUUAAUAUCAUUCUGCCUUUCUACUAGGACAAAAACUAACUCGACGGCAAAUGAUGGCUAUUGGCAUCAUAUUUGUUUGGUAUGGACUUCUGAAGGCGGGAAAUUUACUUUUCUUAACGACUUGUCAAUACUUUCAGGAACGAAAUUUUCUGAGGGAGAAACAAUUCCUGGUAUGCAAACAGCUGUCAUGCUAUAUAUGUUUUUGUUGGACUGAUUGGAACAUGACACUAAAUAACCCGACUUGAUUUAACCUCGUUCUUGCCUCGAAUCAGUUAGAGGGGCAAUUUACCACUGGCAUAGAGGGAGGUUGAGACUUGCAGACUGGCAGGAAAACGAGGUAAACAUUGUUGUAGAUUCCCUUUCCUUAAACUUGCAUGACUAUUAGAAGACUUAAAGGUUAGUGAUAGAGAAUCUGGUAAAACAUUUAACAAAAGUGUUUACCUCGUUAACCUCUCUCUACUCCCGUGGUAAAUUGUCUCCCAGUCAGUUAAUUUCACGAUAAAAACUGAAUUAUUGGAAUGUCCUUGAAACCACUGAGAACUGAUUUAUACCGGAAGUUAAAAAAAUGAAAAAUGACCUCUCGAGCGAAAUACCCUUUAAAACAUAAAGGUCGUAGGUCAGGAGGAAGAAAGUAAACAACGAUGCUUCUGAAAAUCUUACUGUCAUUAUGUUCGACAGGAGGAGGUCAAUUUAUUGUUGGCCUGACAGAGGAUCUUGCAAAAGAAGAUCCCAAAGCUGGACAGUUUAUUGGUUUGAUAAGCCAUGUUAACAUCUUCAACAAAGCCCUUGAUAGAGAGGAUAUAGAGCGGAUAUCACUGAGCUGUGGCGAAGACUUUUCACGUGCGAUUUUCCCCUGGUCGCAGUUUAUCAAUAGUUUGGUUGGGGACGUGAAAGUCCAAAAACCUGCUUUGUGUGCAGAUUUCAAAGGUGACGUACGCAGUGUUUUUUUGAAGUAACCACAUACCAUGAACAUGCUACAGUAUACUGAUUUGUUACCUUUAAUCAGCUAACUCUUUGAAUCUAUAAAUUUCGAAUACCCAAUUGCUGAGGACCUUCCAUCGCCAAUAUGGGUUAUAAAACAAGCUCCAGCCUAGAUCUUCCCGGAAAUUUUGGUCUAUCAAUAAAUUUCCAUGAUCAAUUUAAUGAUUUUUCACGAAAAAGUAUUGUUUCUUCUGGAAGUAUUUCUGUGAGAUUUUUUUUUUAUUUUGAUGAACUUGAAUGACUUAACCUCUUUCUUAGAUCACGUCAUAUUUUAUUUUCUCCAACAAAGGAUACCGCUUCAUGGUGUUUAAUAACAACACGUCGCAACCCCAAACAUCCUUUUUCGAGAGUCCACUGUAUGAACGAUCUUAUGAGGGUCAUAAAAUCUGUGUACGGUUCAGGUAUCUCAUCUACGGCACUGGGAGACACUUCCUUCGUAUAUACCAACAACUGGAUUUAAUUGACUACCCUCGGAGGCUGAUGUGGGCAGUGAACGGAUCAAACAACACUGACGUGAUCUGGAAAUACGGAAGAGUGACACUUCCGAGUGUUACAAAAUACAAGGUAAUAAAAAACAAGUCAUCGCUAUGUUUUAAUAUGGCUUAAUUCGAUUAAAUGUUUUGCGCAAGAAUCUCAUUAACGGUUUGUUUUGCAACAUUGCUGCAAAAAAGAGUUGACCGGCGUUAAUGUUUUCCUGCGCAAAAAGGUUAAUCUCGUCCCUUCUAUACUACUUUUGUAUGCCAUUGUUCGAGAAUUAAUUACUUUAUUAAAGUACUUUUUUAAAGUAAAUCUAUGCCUUGUUUCAAGAGGUGAUAAAUUGAGCUCAUUUUAAAUUUAAUUGAUUCUUAGCCAAGAUACUCAACUGCAUUUUCUCCUUCAUAACAACUGAAUUUCAACAGUAAUGGAAUAUGAAGUGAAAAUGAAUCAAUCAGCAUGUCAUGAGCGUGGGACAAAGAAAAAAAUCUUCUUUGUCCCACGCUUUUGACAUGCUGAUUAAUUCAUCGUCCCAUUUGUUUCAUCGAGCUUAAAAAUUUGCCAUUUUUCAUUCUUUCACCACACUGUAAUGGAAUACUAACCUAUACUUCUGCAGGUAUCUCUGGAAGCAGAUUUGGGCAGCGAACCUGGUUAUAUUAGCGUCAGAGAUGUUCACGUGGUUCCGGGAUACUGUCAUCCAUUGCCCUUUAGGGCAACUAAAGGUGCAGUGUUGUUUAGCUUAGGCCACAUCCGCAACAAUCGGAAUACUUUGGAAACCGCUUAUUUAUUUUCACGAAUCGGCCUUCUGUCCAAAGGAAACAUGUCAAAAUUCGUGUGGAAGACCCGUGGUAGGUACUUCCUAGACUUAUGGGGAUUUGCCGCUGUAGGGGACCGCACAUUCGCGACCGGAUUGACUAUAUUAAAUGAAGUUGCAUUUUCAAUAGAGAUCUGUGAGUUAUGUAAAGUCUGUUAGUAGAAAACAAAACAAUAAUUCGUAAAUGAUUUCCGUACUUUUGACACUGUUACACAGACUAAUUUUUUUUCUACGACUAUAGUGACUGACGUCCGUUAACUUAGCCUUAAUGACAAUGAAUUAAUUUUUUUUUUCAGAAUGCGACAGAAACUUUACCGCAAUUUCAGGCAUAAUUUUAUCCCCACACCACCCUGGGUAUUAUCCACCGCUGAUGCGUUGCCACUGGACCAUCAAUGUUCCUCGUGGAAACACCAUAAAACUUCGAUUUCUGGAAUUCCAAUUGGAAGAUCAUCCUUCCUGCUCUAAAGAUUCCCUAGAGAUAUAUAGUGAACUUACGUCCAGAAAGUUGUUGGGAAAAUACUGCGGAGAAAGAUUUCCAGCUUUCGUUGAAUCAUCUUCAAAUGUUAUGGUGAUAACCUUCGAGAGCAACGACAAAAUUACCGGGUUAGGUUUCAAACUACACUAUACCUCAGAGAAAGGUAAGGAAUUGCUAUUAGACGGCUUAAACCUGAUUCAUCAUCUCUUAAGUGUUAAGGCACAUGGAUAUAUUAACAGUAAUUGCUAGUAAUCACAAGCGGCCGAAGUUCUGCAAUAUGAGAGUACGCGUGGUUGCAUAAUUCUCAAAAUGGCCAUCAACAUAAAGGACUUGUAUGGGAAUUCAGGUAAUAGAUUCGAGAAAAUUAAUACUCGCAGGAGUUGUCAAAAAAUACGCUAUAUCUUAUUUGCUUGGUUUCUUCUUGCUUCCUGGGUGGUUAUUUUCCUUUUUCCUUUAUCCCGAGUUUAUUUCCACUAACUAGGGGUACCUUCCGGCAAGUGCCAACGAGGCGAACUCGUCUAUCUUUUGUGGAAGGCGCCUAUUCAGAUCUUCGCGAUAUAUAUAUAUAUAUAUUUUUUUUUUUUUUCAUGAUUUUAGAGGUUUACAAUGGAUUUCGCUAUAGAAAAGGAUAGCACCCAACUUCAAAACAACAACUUUGGCGCACUCUAGGCUUUCGCUUUUAUUAAACAAUAACAACAUAGCUUGAAGCUUUGUUGGUAAAUAUGAGCAAGUUAGCACUUAUGUUUCAUAGAAAAUUGCCUUGCAUCAAAACUAUAAACGUUAGAAAGAAAAAUGUAGUUCAAAUGAGGCCUUUGACUGCUGAAAUUAAAAAUAAUAAUUAAAUUCCGAGCAACAGCGUCAUCAGGGAUAAGAAAAAUAUUUCGCGUGGUAAUAUACAUACGAAAAGGUUGGUGUAAAGUAAAAUAUGUGAAAAGCGCAAGAAUGGGGCGGAAUGUAUAAGAGGUAUAAAAACAUAAAUUUAAAUAAAAUACAAAGAUCUAAUGAGCGAGUGUCACAGGUCAAAGAUUCUCUUGAAAGGCAUAAUGAUAGUCUUCAAAACAAAAGGUCCGCAAAUUCGUUGCAUUCCUCAUGGGAGUUUUGGGCUGUCUCAAUGUAAAUCAAAAAAACAUGCUGGUUGACAAAAUCUAAAGACAUGAAUAAAUUCUAAAAAAGGUCCGCAAAUACGUUGAGGACUGGCUCAAUGUAAAUCGAUCUGCGAAGAACACGUUGGUUCCGAUAUAAGUUUUGAGAAUAUAACCCUAUGCCUUGAUCAACUACCGCUUAAAAUUCAGUUCACAAAGCAAAAGAGAACACGGAAAACCCUGGUUCGGAGUCGAGAAGCGAACACGCUACCUCAUUGUAAAUCGAGCUGCAAAGAAUAAGCUGGUUCUGACAAAAAUUUGAGCGUAAAAUCCUAUUCCUUGAUCAGCUGCUACUUUAAAGACAAUUUAUAAAGCAAACCAGAGCACUAAUUGCCCUUUCAAACUAGAAAUCCUAUUAGAGCUUGCUAACCUGUUAGGUCCUCUUGAACAGACAACGAACAGCUGCACACUGAAUCACCCAAUAGCCCUUAUGCAUGUUUACGUCACACAAGCAAAUUUCACCACCAAGCCUCGUUUUGAAAUUAAAAAUAAGCGAAGUUUCACAGAAAUGAAUUCCCAAGGCAGUAGAGUUGAAAAGAAUACCCACGCACAAAAAGUGCAAAUGCAAAAAAUUUUGUUCACAAACGAGGCUUGUUGGUGAAAUUUACUCGUCUGACGUAAUCAUGCAUAGGGGCUAUUUCGGACCACGAGGUAUAAAUACAAGACCCUGACGUCACUACGGAAAUAUGGGGUCUUACUUACACUCAAAUAUGGUCAAAAAUGCAAAUUUUAGAGAGUUACGCAGAAUUUGAGAGUUUUUGCCUACAUCGUGCGGGAUUAUAAAUCUGCCACCGAGGCAACCUCGCUUCUUAGCUCGGUUGCCUCGUUGGCAAUAAACUAAAAGGAGUGAAAACUCGGGAUUAAGGAAAUCGCUUAAAUCGCAACGGAUCGGGAAAGUAACCACACAGGCAGCAAGAAGACACCAAGUAAAUAAGGUAGAGAAUAUGUUUUGGAAAAUUCCUGCAAGUAUUUAUCUUCUCGAAAUUCUUUAUGUUGACAGCCAUUUUGAGAAUUAAAGUAUAGUAAUCGGCUAUUUAAGCGGCUGUUACUGUAAUCGCUUUGUAAAAUGUUUUUAAUAAGACGAUGGGUUCUAUCAAGAGGACAAAACGUUUAAUGUCAUUUCCAAAUUUAAUCUUCAAUUAUAUUUUACAUCCAUUUGAAUGACUUAAUAUUUUUUUCGGAAUUGCAAAAUCCCAAAAUUACAUGAACGUCAAACCGCACAGUGAUAUUUACUCUAUUCUAUUCUGCAUCACCGCACAAAACCUUAGUUUUUACGCGUGGUAGUAACAUUAGCAUUUAUUUUUAUGAGUCAUGAAGAACACUGAAAAAUAAUGACUUUUUAAACACUUUUCCUCUCUUUUUUUAGCUGACAUUGAUGAAAAAGCUUGUUUUCAAUACGAAGGUAGGCACCAAAAAUUUCUUCUCCCUAAACCCGCUUCCCAGCCCCGAUAUAAAAAAAGUAAAAGUUAAGUGAUGACAAAUCAGGUCGACAGAUUACGGAAAAUUCCUCUUUAAGGCAGAGAUUGCAUCUUUUACAACAAACGUAAUGAACUUGUAUCUUCUUGCCGCCGCAGGAACAAAGCGUUACUACGUAACAACUAAACAUUGUAUUUCCACAAUUUGAAUUAACUGCAUCAUUGAUUAUGUAAAUCCUAUUGUAUAAAAACGACGGUUAUGAGUAUUCUUGUCAUUAAAAUCCCCUGAAGAGCGAGCAAUCACUAAACAGGCUUGUAGGGAUAAAAGUAUAGGUUUUUUUUUCUAUUUUUCAAUAUACAUAUCUACCUGGAGUUAUGAAAACCGGGUUAGCAAACAUUUUGUAAUUUUUCUCAACUUUCACUGUCUAAUAGCUUGUUUACUGUGUUGUUUGCUUAUGUCGUAUUUUUUGGGCUUGUCUUGUGGUUAGCGAAUUGUGUAGAAGUGGAUGUAGACAGAAUUACUAUCUUACCCCCCCCCCCCCACUCCCUAUUUUUCCCCCUACCCACAAUUUCUAUCUUUAACGCAAGUGACAGUUGUCAGUUUGAAAUCAGCGGGCGCCUAAACCUGGUUUCGCUGCCGUUUAGUAGUUCAGUUUUAUAUAUUGGUCACCCAGAGAAAAGUUUCCCGGAGAGCAUCAUGCAAAGCUCUGAGAUGGGACAAAGUUAUUACGAUUCGCAGAGUCUGCAUCGUCCAAUAUCGUGUUAUAUUCUCGUUUCCUUUGGCUAAACGGAUCAAUCACCCUGAUCCGGGCUGAGACAGAAAGGUACGAUAUUGUUCGCUUUUCUAAGGUGACCACUAAGUCUUUGGCCUCGGGAACAGGCUCUUAUAGGAGUCAAAUGAAUUAGGUGGGGGCAAAAUUGCCGGUGGACUCUUACCCGGGCCAGGUGUGAAAAGAAGGCUAAGGUGAUCCGCCGACCGUGUGACUCUAUAUCCGGGAACUUGAAUAAGACAAGUGUAAGAGAAAAGUCCAGAGGUGUUUAUCUGGCAAUAGGCUGAGUUUUUCCGAGUUAUCCGAUGAUAUUUCGCUUAUGUUAAACGUGAGAAGAUUAUGCGUGGUUGUGGAUAGUCUUAUCGCAACCUCGUUCCCAGGGUUCUCUCCUACCAGCCCUACGGAGCGAGAGAGAGAGAGACCCUGGAAAACGCUGGUCACGUGGCUCCAGAACAACGGAAGGGAGGAGGCCUUUGUCUCACAUUUUUUUGUUUGGUUUACUCGCGACGUUCACGCAGUGAUCGCAACAGCAAGAUAGAUUUGCUAACCCUACUACAACUAUGACUGAAACUAAAGGAAAUUUGUGGCUAAAUAAAAUUAAACUAUCUGAUAAACAAUUGAAUUACCAGAGAAGGAAUCAAAAACUAGCGUUGUCGCCGGUUUAACCGAUGACACUAAUCGCUAAAAUCUACGAUCUUGAGUUAUACACAAGCGAGUUAAUUUUUUGAAGGUAAAAUCCCUGUAUGUUGAACUUCUAUAUUAAAAGUUUCAAUGUUUGUCUGACGGCGGCUGGUAAUCGGGCCAAAUAAAUCUACACCAUUUGCGGUCCUAGCGGUUCGGCGUGACAAAACCCCGGGACAAAACAUGGCUGUUACAUUGGGAGCAAGAAAUUCAGUUAAUACAUUUACGAUCAAAGUAAUAUUUUAGAUCUAGUGACUUCAAGGAAAGUUAUAGCCUAAAAUGUCAGCAUUUUCCAACCCCUAACCUUUGUCAUGAUGCGGCAACAGAAGAGUGGUAAACAGGUCAAAGAUAAAAAUAAUUAUAUACCAACGCGACAUGUAAGACAACAGGAAAUAGUAUAAACAGAGACAAAACAGACAACAUUACCUUCCAAGCGAAAGGCUUUCUUGUUUAUGGCCAAAAUGAAAACUUUAUAUGAAAACACAUGUGGCUCAGUGAUUUCUAAAAAUCCUUUAACGUAUACCUAGUAAACAUCCAGAAAAUUAAUAAGGAACAAUAAACGGUUGGCAUUUGUGGAAGCCUCAUACGGCGUGUUCAUACGCUUACGGCUAUCCUGAUAAUUAUAAACGACGACAAAAAAUGCAAAAACACAGAGCCUUGGCUAAAAAUAUUUUCUUCCAAGAUUCUCUUUACCUCUUUCCAUUUGAACAAUAGCUAACAAUCAGUCUGACUGUCCGAGCCGCGUAUUCUCUCUUCCUUUGGCUUCGAGGCAGUUCGAUGUCGCGGGCGAGGACAUCAACGCUUGAUACAUUUUUUCGGCGCCUUGCAUAAUAGUAGUCUUGAAAACACAUACAGAUACUGUACAUUUGUUUUCUAAAGUGGCCUCCACAACAUAUAAACGGCAAUUCAAAUCUAGUGCGUUUCGGUAUGAAUACUACUACCAGGUUACCUAAAUUAUUUUUGACUGCACAAACGGUGAAUUCUCCGCGAUUUCCGUUGCAUGUGCCAAAUGAAAGCAUCGCUGAUAAACAUCCGAUUAACAUCCAGAUAUUCUGCAGGAAGUUACGCUUUCGCUGUCAAAGGACUUUGUGCAUUAUUUUCCGCGUUAAAGAUCAGGUCAGGUACACAGUUUGAUGGCUGCACUGACCCACUGACCUGUCUACGUCCUGUAGAGACAAAUCUCACACUUACCUGCCCUUCCCCCAACUCGUUUGUUUGUAAUCUCCCAGAUUCUGGGAGACACGUGACCAGCGUUUUCCAGGGUCUCUCUCUCUCUCGCUCCGUAGGGCGGGUAGGAGAGAACCCUGGGAACGAGGUUGAGUCUUAUCGGUGCCGCAAAAGUGUGUGAUUGUGUGAUUUCCGCGUGGUGUUGACGGGUAUGUGAUCGCGUGGUUGAACUGCGGUUUCGCCAAAUAUCUUCUGUCAGCCAUUAAUAUUGUUUCGUCGGUGUUUAGCUUAGCUGAUUGUAGCGUGGAAAAGCAACUCUCGACUCAGGAAAAUUAGAUCUAGGUCUAGUUUCUGCGGGCUCUAAUGGCAUUGCACCAUAGGCCGGUUUUUGCAGAUUUGAACUUGAAGGUGAUAAUUUGUGCACUAUGUUUCAUUCAGUUUGUUGUCUAUUCCAUGCGGAAUCCUGUUGUUUAUCGGACUGCGAAAAAGUCGUGUUUUGCUAACUAUUUAAGUUGUUAUGUAAGCCUUAACCAGGCACUCUUUCGCUGCAGCUCACUUAACUUAAAAAUUUGCUAGACUGAAAUGACACCGGUUUGAAACUUCGCGAAGUCAGUUUACUGAAUAGAUGUUCUAAAAUUUGCGUCAUUUUAAAUUUGGACUCGUUGGAAUGCUUCUAGGGACCAUUAACGUACUGCCCGGCGUCAUCUAAAGGCUUUUAAUCGGCCUUUGAAUGAGUUUUGUUGUUUUAAAUUGUCAAGUAGUAGAAUGAGUUGAUAUUUUUGCUAACCCGGUUUUCAAAAAUCCAGGUAUAAUUAUAUUUCGCUCUACUCUAACGUAUCGACCACUGUGCUACGGAAUAAUCGCAACACAAAUGGCAUCGGCGAUUGAAAAACAAACUGGAAACAAACUACAUAAGGAUCCCCGCCAGGCAGCUAGCUCAAUGUUAUUACGGCCUCUUUAAAAAAAAUCACGUUUUUACAAAGAAUAAUAUAAUUAAUGAAAUGCCUUUUACUGUUUAAGGUUGUCCGUCAAGUUGCGAGUGUAAUCCAGUUUCACGGAAGAGUCUUGAGAUGGUGAUAACAGUGAAGAAGGGAAGGAAACUGACCGCUUUACCAGGAAACAUUCCUUCUAAGGCAGCCGUAAUGUAAGCUGAGUCCUUGAUGAUUGCGUUUGCUAAUUUCGUCAAUAAUUUGUAAAGAGAAAACAAAGAAAAUUACCAUUCUGAGCGAGAUUUGAAUAACAUACUAAUUACUGUAACAGUAAUGAAACUCUUCUUUAAUAACGACUCGAAACAACUACAACAACUGCGCAGCCAAAAUGGCCGUCUACACUCUCUCAACGAACCGCACGUGAUUACCGCCCCGAAGUCCUGGGGCGAGGCUAGACAAGUCUCUUAGUAACGUUACACACCCCCCCUCCCUAGUGGAGAAAGGGUGUUAUCAAUGUCCUCCCCUAAAAGAAAGUCUCCCAGCCAGGCUGGGACACGGCGGUCUCUGGUUGAACGUCUCGGCUGGAGGUCCGGUUCACGGUUGACAGCUGAGGCAUUCUCAGUCGGAGCGGGGCCCCCAGGCAGGGUAUCUGCGGUGCCAUCCCACGGAAAUUCCAACAGAGCACCCUCUCCAACAUUCAGAUCCGUAGGUUGGCCAGCGUCUCUCUCGACGUCAUGCAAUGUCGGCUGAAGCCGCGGGGGUCUCCGUGGGUACGGUUUAAGACGGUUAAAGUGCACAAUCAUUCUCGUUUUCCGUCUUCCCCGUGUGGGUGUGGCCUCCUCGCACUGUUUCCUGUAGGUGACGUCAGAUAUGACCUUCACUACUCGCCACGGUCCGGACCAGGUGCGAUAGAAUUUCCGGUGUACCCACCUCGGAACGGCCUUUUCCUCUAACCACACCAGAUCACCCACUUGGUAUGGCUUUGCGUUUCACUUGCAGCGCGCGUCAUAGACAUCUUUCUGGUGACGAAGGUUGACUCGCAGAUUUUCCCCUACUCGUCCAUACACUCCCUUUAGAAUUUCUUGCUGUCUCUUGACGAAAGAUGGGUAAUCAGGCGGUUGUUCUGAAGGAGGCCCCUCCCUCAUUGCGUCAAUAGGUAAUCUCAGUUCCCUGCCGAACAUGAGCAUACUGGGGGAGAAGCCGGUCGUCUCAUGGGUGGAUGCACGCAAAGCCAGGUGGACCUUGGGAAGAUACUGAUCCCAGUCCUCUUGCUCCUCUGCAACCUUGGCAAUAACACCGGUAACCGUACGGAUAAGUCGUUCCGCACCCCCAUCACACUGAGGGUGGUAUGGCGUUGUCCUUUGUUUGAUGGACUCAAUCAAGUUGCAUAAGCCACGGAAUGUCCUAAACUCAAAAUUGCGGCCCUGGUCGCUGAGUAUCCCACGAGGGCAACCGAAGCGGCAUACAAAAGUUGUCCAUGACAGUCUGGGCGACCGUGUUAGCCUCUUGAUCAGGUAAGGCGUACGCUUCGGGCCACUUUGCAUACAUGUCCACCACAACAGCAACAUACUUUUUUCCUUUGUUGGUCUCUGGAAGGGGGUCGAGAAUGUCAAUCUGAAUCCUCUCUAGUGGGUAGCUCGUCUUAAUAGAUUGCAUGGGCGCUCUCACCCAUGGUAUUGGUCCAUUUCUGGAGCCGCAAGUGUGACAAGUACGACAGUACAGUUCAAUAGCCGCAGUGUAGCCAAUCCAGUAAAAGCGUUUCCGCACAUUGUCUGUAGUCUUGCGCACUGACAAGUGUCCACACUGGUCAUGUAACUCCUGCAACACAGCACCCUUUAACUGCUCUGGGACACACACGUGCAGACUUUCAUGUCCAGUCUUUUCAUCAAACCAUCGCCGGUACAACGUCUCAUUCUGCAAAAGCAACCUAUCGUAUUGACCCCAUAAAGCCCACAUAUGCCUAUCUGCCCCGCUCAUUUAUUCUUUAGGUGGUCUCCUUCCUGCCCUAAGCCACUGUAGCACUGCAUUCAAAUGCUUAUCCUUUGACUGCUCUGUCCUAAGGUGAGCACUGGACCACGGUGGGUGCGGCGGUCUGGGUUCCGACUCGUUUCCAUCCUCGACAAAAGCUGUUGAACCGUCACUGGUAGUCGCUCCAACAACCAAUGGUUCACAAAAAUUCUGUGCUUCACUAAGUGUGUCAGACGCGGGGUUUUCUGGCCAAGGUCGACGGGACAGGCCAUCGGCAUUGCCAUGCAGAUGACCUGGCCGAAGCUCUAUUUUCAUGUCGUACUGUUGAAGGUGCUGAAUCCAUCGGGGCUUCCUGAGGUUUAGGAUUCUUAAAGUUCUGAAGCCACACUAACGAGUGGUGAUCCAGACGAGCAACAAACUGUUUGUUGACCAGAUACGGGUAGAAUGUUUUUGUCCCCAAUACUAGCGCAUACAUCUCAAUCUUGGUUGGCGGCUACUUUCUCUGCCAUUUCGUCAAGGCCUUGGCAGCGUACGUAAUUGGGCGCUCCUCGGCAUCUUGCACCUGAGACAACACAGCAGCGACACCGGUCGUGCUAGCGUCAGUAUCUAGUAUAAAUGGGAGAUCAAACCUUGGGUAUGCAAGAACCGGUGCUUCACAAAGUUUAUUGUUUAUUGUUUUGUUUGCCAAAAAUUAAACAAAUCAAAUAAAAUCUAAUUACCUUAACUCUCAUGGCGAGGAAGCCCAAGAGAAGCCACCGGGCUUAUAAGGAAUGGGCUCCCUCAGUUAGAUAAUUAGAACAAAAUAUUAUCAUAAUUACACACGGGAAAAUCAAUGGCAGAGCUACAGUAAAUCUUAAAAUAAGUAUAUUAGAUAGUCGUACUAAUCAUAGUUCUAGGCUAAAAAAAGCGAAAUGACAAAAAGAAAAAAAACAAAACAAAACAAAAGAAAAUAAAAGAGCAAAGGAAGAAAAAAAAUACAUACAUAUAUAUAUAUAUAUAUAUAUAUAUAUAUAUAUAUAUAAAUUACUAUUUAUGAUAAGAGGAAUGCUUUCAGCUUACAGCAAAAGGAAGCGGUACUUGUUGCAUUUCGAAUUUCAAAACUAAGAGAGUUAAAAAAUUUGGGACCUUGGAAACUGAUGGAGAACUUUCUUAUAUUAGUCCUACAUUGUGGUAAAUAAAAAUGCUCCAAACUUCUAGUGCCAUAAGAAUGCACCUGCACCAGAAACAUGUUAUUGAAGCUAUAAGGAAGUAAGCCAGAUCUGUAUUGAUACAUAAAUUUUCCUAUUUGAAGUUUGUAGAUACUCUCAAGAUUCAGAAUUUUUAAAUUUUUAAAUAAGGGGUCAGUGUGAGCAUCGAAAGCACUCCUCGACAUUAUUCUUACGACCCGUUUUUGAAGUGUGAUUAAUCUUCUGAAGGGCUUGCUUUAGGGCUUGCUUUAGGGCGUCGAAAGAUCUUUGACAGUCGUUGGACCACACAAAGAUUCUUCCCUUUUCCUCAAGAAGGAAAAGAGGGCUUGCGACAGUUGCGAAAUCCGGAAUAAACUUCCUGUAGUAGCCGAUCUUUCCCAGAAAAACACGUAACUCAGACACAUUGGUUGGUGGUGGGCAGGAUUUCACUGCGGAAACCUUUUCAGGAUCUGUGGAAACUCCCUCCGCUGACAGGAUAUGUCCAACAAAAGGUAGGCGUUGUGGCAGCAGACAGCAUUUCUCUGGCUUCACCUUCAAUCCAGCCUCCUCUAUAAGGGAGAGAGCAGGGUCCAAGGACUCACAGUGCUUGGCAAAGGUGGCACCAAAGAUGAGGACAUCAUCAAAGAAUGCCAAUAGUUCUUCCCAUGUCAUUCCCGCUAAGAGACUGGCAAUCUGCCGCACAAAGAAAGGAGCUGCGUUACAAAGCCCAAAGGGAACACGUUUCCAUUGCCAGUGCCCCUGCCUUGUAGAGAAAGCUGUUUUCUCCCUGUCAUCAGUGUGAAUUUCGAACGCAUGGUAGGCAGAGACUAAGUCCAGGGUUGAGAAAAAGUUUGCUCUAGCAAGAGUAUCGAUCAUGUCCUCCACCCUUGGAAUAGGGUAGUGUUCCUUAACAGUGACACUAUUUAGCUUACGGAAAUCAACACAGUAACGGUAAGAGCCAUCCUUCUUAGAAGCUAAGAUGACCUGAGCGCUCAAGGACUGGUUGACGGUUCUAUUACAUCUCUCUCAAGUAACCUUUGUGUCUCCUCUCUUAUGUACUUCUCCUGGUGAGGUGAAAAGCGGUGCAGUGGAGUCUUGAAGGGGUGCAGUCCCAGUGUUAAUUCUAAGCUGUGCUUUGGUGCAGUGGCAAUAUCGUGUGGUCCCUGGAUACUGCGUUAGAGUGCUUGGCCAUGAUUUUCCACGCUCAGCUUUUGAUUGUCCGUUAUCUGAUCAUUAUCUCUAUGAAUAGCUGCCUCAUCUCGUCAACUAUAUCCAACUCGGCUCGAUUCGACCGACGGUGCAUUUGCAAUUCACUGUUCUUUCAUCGCUAUCAUCGGUGGCGGACUCAACCCUAUAGUUUCGCGCUGUCGAGACCAUGCACACCCCACGGCUGACAGGAACCCCCACACCCCAGGUCCCCAGAUUGUAACCGGCCGCCCACAGAAGCAGGACUGAACUGACCCUUCCAUUGACUGGCUGAUUGAGACCAGCACUGCAAUUGGAAACCUCUCAAAUAAUUUAUCGAUGGGUUCACGGACUCCCUGAAUUCCCUCUAAAUUUGCCCCAUUGACCUGGCAAAUGAGAUCAACUUUUUGGUCUGGCUGAAUGGUAACAGUUUCUACCAGGGAGACUCUGGGCACCUGCCAACUUGAUUCAUUUCUCAAGUACACCUCUGUGUUUCCAGCGCGAAGGGUUCCCUUGUUAAAGUCGACAACACACCCAUUGUCCCUUGUCCCAUUCCUUUUUUUCAAAUUGCCACGCAGGCCCCAAAACGAAGGGCACUCUGCUUGAGGUUGUCACAAAUAUAGAAUAGCUGUUUAGCUCUGAUCCCUUUGAAGGCCAUGUCCAGUUCCACUGUUCCCAAGAUGUUCAGCUGGGAGCCCUCGGCGCCCACGACUUUGGAUCCAACCUUCCCUAGGGCCCCGUUAAAAGCAAUGCACUUAAAAACUUUGUCACUCAAAAUACAGAUUGGGCUACCACAGUCCACUACGGCAGUCACAGGGACCCCUUUUAUCUUGCAGUCAAGUAACAACACGUUAGACUGAAUGGAACUAAUGCGUAUCACUGGUACUUGGUCUUCGGGCGGGGAGCGACUUGGUUUUACGACCUGUCCCUCUCCCUGCGGAAGUUUCCCUGCGGGCAGUCUCUCUGGAAAUGAUACACUGACCCACAUGUCCAACACCCCCUGCCCCUGCUAUUAGCGAGUCGAAACUGAGGGGGAACCUAGUUUCCUCGAGUGCCGCUUUAAGGGAUGGCAUUAACCACUGCUUCGGCUGCUGCCUUUGCGAUAGCUGACGCAAUCAUAGUCGAAAGCUCUGGGGCCCAACCUGGUAGAGGUGGAUUUUGCACUUGGCAAGCUUCUUUCUCGUGGGUUGACACUUCACUCACAACCCUUUCUCUCAUUCUCAUUGCUCUGAGUUCUAAUGCUUCGAGCUCUAGAGCUUCUGACAGGAAUUACGUCCUUUGCAAGUGUCGCCCCAAUUGCAUCAGUGAAAUGAUCUACACAAGCUUGCCCCAAACUAGCCGAGCUCAAAGUCGGGUAAGCCUCCCCGCACAAGCGUUUAAUAUCAAUACUUAAAUCUAACAAACUUUCUCCCACCUUUCUUCGUCGCGCUUUGAGCGUAGCUUUAGCGGCUUCGGGAACCUGACGCAUGCCGAUUUUCUUGCGAAGAGCCUCCACCAUACAUGUGUAAGAGCUCUAAUCACUCGCCGAGAGUUGAGACAUAACCACACGAGUUUUUUCUUUCAAGCACAGGAUCAGUUGUUUUGCUUUUUCCUCUUCUUUCCAGCCGUUCAUUCUCGCACAAGCCUCAAACUGGUCCAAGAACGCCUGAAAAUCUGUGUCGUUGCCGCUUCCCGAGAAUUUUUCAGGCUUCACUCUUGUCGCCACCGCUGACGGUUUCACGUACCGUUUGUUUUCAAACUCCGAUAGACUCUCCAACGCUUUCCUCGCCGAUUCCUUCGCUUCGUCCCUCUCUUUGAUUAGCUCGGACUCUGGUUUUUUCAGCUCGCCGAUUUCGUGAAUGACUCGUUUGUGUUCCUUAUCCAGGGUUUCAAGGUUCUUUUGUGUUUGCUGAAAUUCUUCGCUAGUAGAUUUCAAAGUAGCUUUCGUCAGUUUCAACUGCACGGUAAGCCGCUCGAUUACAUCCUCCAGAAUUUCCCUCGAGGCCAUUUCUUCUGAUCCCACCGCUGCCACCAGUGUCACAGUGAUUAAACUCUUCUUUAAUAACGUCUCGAAACAACUACAACAGCUGCACAGCCAAAAUGGCCGUCUACACUCUCUCAACGAACCGCACGUGAUUACCGCCCCGAAGUCCUGGGGCGAGGCUAGACAAGUCUCUUAGCAACGUUACAUUACCAUUAAGUUUUGCAAAAUUUGGCUGCGAAUUUCUGCAAUACGUUUCAAAGGUUCAAGAUGAAAUAUCAAACACUCGAUGCUGUCCGAUGUAGUGUUUCUCUCGAUUUUCAACACCUUGAAGUUAAGUACCUCGUAUUUGCACAGCACUUCUGGCCAUGGAUUUGUUGAUUUAUUCAUCGCAUCGUACCUAGUUAUAUAGUUUAAGAAGGUGUUGCUUUUCAGUCGCAUCCAAAAGGAUCUUUUCCAUGUAAAUAUUAAUCGACCUUGUCACGGUUUUCGACGCCAUCUUGACGAGUAGGCAAACUUGUGAGAAAUUACAGUGUUUGUAUGAGAAUGUAAUGUCGAAUACUUUCCGUAAAACGGCUGUUCUGAAAAAAAUAUCAGUUGUAAACUAAAGCUACAAAGCAAAGGAUUGUCCUAAAAAAUUUGGGGGCCUACCUGUGCUUAAAUUUCUCCAGAGGCUUGCUUUAGAUUUUUCAUAUAUUUGUCUGUAAUUUUCCCGGGACUUUCUUACAGACAAAUGUAUAGACAUUUUAAAAAGUGGCUCUAGGUCUUCUAGUGUAUGUAACGCCCUCAAAUUUUCUCAGGAGAAUCCUUAGGAGUGAAGCUUUAGUUUGCAAAUCAUAUUUUUUUUCAGAACAGCUGUUCUACGGAAAUUAUUCGACAUUAGAUUUUCAUACAAACACUGUAAUUUCUCACGCGUCUGCCUACUGGUCAAAACAUCGGUUUGUCAUCUCUUCUUAUUUAAGGUGUGCUAAUUGUUUCCUUUAAAUCGAUUUUCUCGCUUUCAUUAAGGGUAAUCCACAAAAAUUAAGAAAGAAAAAUUAGAAUUAAACCAACGAGUAAAUUGCACCGCAAAAUAAAUAGCUGAUUUUGACUGAGAACUAACCUUGAAAAAUUAUAUUUUACUGCUUUUGAUCCGACAGACUAUUUCAGAGGAAUAAAAUAUCCUAUCUAUCCAAGAAACAACUUUCUGAUAUGUCAAGUCUGAAGUAUUUGUAAGUUUCUGAUUCACACGUAUUUUUAAUGAGUAAACAGUUCGUUUAUUUUUUCAAUAGUAUAUUAUAAAAAUAUCUCGUAAAAUCUCUACAGGGAUCUGAGUGGAAACCGCAUCUUCAGAAUUGAAGGAGGUGCAUUCGGCAAUGCAUCGGUGCUACAAACUUUGUAAGUGUGAAACUAAAAAAAAAAGAAUUUAUCUCUAAAAAACUGAAAUGUCACUAAAAUGUUUACAUUAAGUUCAUGCCCCAGCUGUUCAAACGGUGAAUUACGCUUAUCCACCGGAUAAAUCUCCCCAAUUCCCUAAUACUGAUAAUUACCCCGGCGCUGGAUAGUGGUUCAUCCGGUUGAUAGUGCUACACUAUUUUUUUCCAUAAGAGUAAAACUAUAUUUUAUAAGAAAAUUGAGGCUGAAAUUUGUGAAAUUUUAAGAAUAUUUUAAGAAUAAACCCGAGGCUGAGAAAUUGAAAAGGACGUCUCAGUUUUGUAUGUUGAAAAUCGGUAAAUACAGUGCAAUUAUUUGUUUUGACUUAGCCGUAUAAUAUUAUUUCUUUCCCUAAACGGCGCUGGAGACAGAUCUAGACACAGAACACUAUGGCAAUUGAAACCUCUACAAAUGUAAAGUGGAAAUGUUAUAAGCUAUAAUUUAUAAUUAAGAAUAAUUUAAGCAUAUUUUCGACAGAAAAAUAAGAAUAUUCUGCCUGGGACGAAAAAACAACAUUCUUAUAUAAAAAAAGAGCAUAUCCAUCCAACGUUUAAACAACCAGGCCCAAAGCAUAAACUGGGCUUCCACUAAACCCCAGUUGACCUGUAGCCACAACAACUUUUACAAAUCUAUAAACCUUUAAAAAUUAGGAAUAGUCUUUAAACGUUUUCUUUAAGGGAGUUUCUCUUAAAUUUAUAGCACCCAUUCUUGGCUUAUCUCAAAGGGUUGUUUACAUUUCAGGAAACUUGACUCGAAUUUCAUACGGGCCUUACCUAACGGCAUGUUGGACAAUAUGAACAAUCUUCAGACUUUGUGAGUUUAUUAUUAUUAUUUUCAUUUUUUUGGUCAUUAAAGUAAUAUACCAACAGCAACACCAAAUGCUUUAUAUACCGUAAAUCCUCUAUUAAGCUCCCCCCCCCUCUCAAAUAAUCCCUCUCCCUCUAAUAAGUCCCCCCCUUUUCAGGAGAGGAAAGUUAAUAAGCCCCCCCGCUCUCUGUUACGCCCUCCCUCCCCUCCCCUCCCCUAAUUAUUUUUUACUAAUAAAUGAUAGACUGUAUUAAUCAAUCACGACUGAACACCUUCGUGUGGACUGAUCCCGGAUGGUUUAAUUACCACCUGGAAGUUCGGGUUUCAUUCUGAUCCUCGACUGCCUGACCUCCAACCUUCUUGUACUUGAGCUUUCCCACUUUGUAUAUUCUCCCUUUCUUUAUGGAGAACUGAUACCAUCGUCUUUUCUAAAUUAAGUAAGCCCCCGCCCCCUUCUCAAAUAAGCCUCCUCUCAAAUGAGAAAUAAAGAAACCCCCGGGGGGCUUAAUAGAGGAUUUACGUUAAACUAUCUUUUUUUCUAUUUCUUCUAAGGGACUGCAGCGCUAAUUUAAUUGACACCAUUUCGGCGAACACAUUCAGUGCAUCGUUAGCAUCGUUGACUACUUUGUAAGUAAUCGAACGUAGCAUUAAAAAAAAAAACUAACUAACAACCAGACUGGCCAAACUCGGUUUAAGGCCGACAUUUUAUCUGAUUGAUGUAUGAUAUAUUUUUUUUCUUAGGAGCCUUAGGCAAAAUCGCAUAAAAAGCAUUGAAAAGGACGCAUUUAAAUUGAUGAAUAACUUACAAUACCUGUGAGUGACUGGAGUGAAACAAUACAUACGUAUUGCAUUUGUUUUGCCAAUUUUAUUUAUUUACCAGCUUUUCUGGACACAGGCCUGCCCAGAGGGAAUGGGCACGAACGGGACUCAUGCGAGGUGCCAUCCCUACCCAAUCCCACAACCCGUAAAGGUUGGCCACACCACCAGGGUCUACAACCCCUACUCUUUUCGAAUAGUGAUGUGGGUACUUUUACGCGCCACAAGAACAAAUCAGUGCUGUGAGACGGGACCUACGGUUUUUCAUCCUUGUCCGAGAAGGCUAGAAAGUCUAACCACUUGCAGAUGUCAUUACAAAGGCAGCACUUUCUUUUCAGUUAUUUAAAGAUCCUGAGUGUUGGUCCGGCCGGGGUUUGAACCCGCGACUUCCCGCUAGGCAGACCGGCGCUCUCCCAACUGAGCUAACCAGGCUGCGCUAAAACAGUAUUUUUCCUAAUUAAUUUUGCUUUGAUUUAAAACCCAAUGUAGAUACCUUCAGGAAAAUGCGGUGAAAGAGAUUCCUGACGGCUUAUUUCUUGGUUUAUCCAGUCUAAAGAUAUUGUAAGUUAAUCUGAAGAAUUAACAGUUAGUUCACGCGUCAGCGUGCGUAUGUCGUAUGCACGCUGGAAGUUUGGAGAGCGCUAAAGACGCGUAAGAGUUGCUCGAGGCUCGGCCUUGAAGCUGAGAGAAAGUCUUUUAACGUAAAAUUCUAAAAGGUUAUAUAAUCCAUACUGAGGAGCCGGAAAAAUAUUAAUUCACCUAAAAAUUAUUUUUGAGAGAAACAACUUUGCAAAAAAUGACUUGCACCCGACAUAGCCUGCACAGCUCGCGCAGACGACGACAACAACAACAACAGUCGCCUCUUUUUCCUACUAUCGUUUAACAUUUUCAAAAGCUUUCCCUUAAAUUUAAGUUAUAAAACACAUGGUUAACGCUACAUCGUGUACUGUUGAGUUCUGGAUGCUCUUGGGAGACGCCUUGGGAGGAUUGGUAAGCUCACAAGAACUCGAGGUACGCUGUAUAGUUUAUUGACGUCAUCAGCGCUCUCAAUGGGAAUGGGCACCCACGCACUUUUGACUUUGAUUAGGCAAAUAUUCUAACUAUGUUAUGAAAUUACUUAAUGAAUUCAAACAUCUUUUGUCUUGGAUUCCCCUUCUUACAACUAGGCCGAAAAAAAAAACAUGAAAAAAGAUGCGAAAUCGGUAAAUCUGUUUUGCGGUUGCACUUUCUCAUGGUAAGAAUUUCAUCCUCCUUCGGCGAGUAAAGCAGAAAUGGUGACAUUUUUUUGAUUUCAGAAACCUGAAUGUUAACCAGAUCAUGCGGUUAUCUUCAAAGACAUUUGCUGGGCUGUCAUCCCUGGAGAAACUGUAAGUGGACCUUGCACAAAAACGUGACGAAUAACAGGUUGGAGUUAUCAUAAAAUCUUUAAGUUUCUUGCACAUCUAAAGACUUCAAAAAAACAAAAUCCGUUUCAAAGAUAAGGCAAUUCCAGGAGCAAUUCCGUUAUUGGGAUAUUUUAAAACACUGCUACUAUUAUAUCAAAAGUAUAAGCUGAUGUUAUGUUAGAGGUUGACAAGUUACCAAACGUUUCUUUAUCGGUUUUUAGGGAUCUCAGGAAUAAUUCCCUUGAUAUGAAAAACGUCCCAGCAGACGCUUUCAGUGGACUUGAGAACCUUAAAGAAAUGUGAGUUUUGCUUACAACUAGGGUCUCUUUACCGUGGAAAUUAUAAUGAGUGUCGCUAUACUAUCUAGUACCCAGAUUUCCCACGGCCACUUUUGAUGUGGGUUCGAGAUUAGGUGCUAUUACUAGCGAAUGUGUAAUUCCAGAAAAUAUCCAUACCCCCCCUCCCCUCACACACCCACACCCACACCCACACACACAACGGAAAUUCCUAGGGGCGGGGGAUCCAAAAGGAGGCCAUUUCUGAGGGGGGUGGGGGCGCCGGGGGGUGGCUUCUCGAGAGUUCUUUCCGGGGUCUCCGUGUAAGAUCGAUGAUUUGUUAAAAACUAACAGCUGCUCUGUUGAGCAAGCUAUCAGUUAUUUGACUGUAAACAGUUUUUUAAAACAAUAACUAUUGUUUACAUCGACGAUGAUCUUUUAUUUACGGUCGGCUGAAUGCUUUUUCACAGCUUACGCGAUAGGUAGUUGUAAUCGACUCAUGAUUAGCACUGAUUAAAUUUCCGGUUACUUGGCUGUUGCUGUAUUACACAAUAUUGUGGUAUUCGCCUGUAAUGUUGUUGUUUUCUAGGAAAGAAAAGUAAAGAAAGUCCACCCGGGGACUCGGUGUUUAGUUUGAAUUUAACUGGUUCCUUUACAAAUGGCAUCAUUUGUGAUGUGUAAUGCAUCGUCUCCAUGUUUCUCAGUGCCUUGCCGUUAAUUAUUAACUAAGAAAGACCUUUACAAGGCAAAAUUGAGAUUAUUAGACGCUGUGUGAAAAUGAAUGUAAAGAUAUUUUAUCUCUUUAUCGCAGGAGCAAUAUUAUCGUCUUUCGCAGAAUUGUAUAGCUCGACAGAAUUUUUGACAGAAAUAUUCUUUCCAUUGGGUGCCUAACCAAGUUGGAAUGACAAAGGUCUCACAAACAUCCCCUGGAAAGGAAAUUCCAGGGCGGUUCCAGGGGGCUAAGAGGUCUAAUGCAAAAGUGCCCUCCAUGGCGGGUAUCGAUAUUUUCUGGAACUACACAAUCUUUUCUGCUAAAGCCUGUUUGAAAAACUGUGUACCCUGGAAAUCACUUUUGUAACCAAUUUUCUCCUAAGGUUAUUCUUUGCAGCGCUUUGUAAAAAAAAAACUAAACAGAAGAGGGUAAUGUACUUACAGUAAAUAUUAGCCGAGUCAGAGAUAAAUAUAUCUUUAAUACUCCAUUGCAGUAAGAAAUUUGAUAUUUUAAUAUUUGUUUUCGUUUCAGUUAUUUGGACGAGUAUAUUCUUUGUUGUUAUGCCGAAAAUGUAGUGCCUGGGGUUCGAUGCAUCUCACCCAAAGACGAAUUUUCUAGCUGUUCUGACUUGAUGAAAAACAAAGGUGUUCAGACUUGUGUUUGGAUUUUGGGGCUUACUGCUCUUGUUGGAAAUCUUCUCGUUAUUUUAUUGAGAGUUUUUGUGAAAGAAGACAACAAAGUGCAUUCAUUUCUUCUGACAAAUCUGGCUAUUUCAGAUCUACUAAUGGGUGUCUAUUUGCUUAUCAUUGCCUUCAAAGAUGUGCAAUGGCAAGGUGAAUACUUUAAACAUGAUGUCAAUUGGAGAUCGGGACUGACAUGCGCAUUUACGGGGGUCCUUUCGAUGGCAUCAAGUGAGAUAUCUGUGUUGCUGCUGACUCUUAUCACAACAGAUAGACUUAUUUGUAUUGUUUUCCCGUUUAAAAUGCGACGGAUAAAUCGCAAGCGUUCUUUCAUUAUUGUGGGAGGUAUAUGGGUUUUUGGAACAAUGAUAUCAGUCAUUCCAACCUUAGGGUUUGAUUACUUCUUUGACAAAAAGCGCGAUGUUGGAUUUUAUGGAAAAUCAGCUGUUUGCCUUCCUCUUCAACUGUCAACAGAGAGACAAGCUGGCUGGGAAUAUGCGGUUAGCAUUUUCAUCGUUCUAAACUUUGUCUCCUUUAUGUAUAUUCUCACUGCGUAUACAGCAAUGUACCUAAGGGUAAAGGGGUCUGCAAAACAGGUCAGGUCAACAAACAUGAAGAGAGAAUCGAAAAUGGCUAAGAGAAUGAUGCUUAUUGUCUUAACUGAUUUCUUGUGUUGGAUGCCUAUUAUCUUCAUUGGCCUUCUAUCCUUGCUCGGAAAGUUUCAUGAUCCUGAGAAACAAGCCUACGUUUGGAUUGCGGUGUUUGUUCUCCCAUUGAACUCUGCUCUCAAUCCAAUAUUGUAUACAUUUUCUACUCCACUCGUCAAAAAAAAAAUAGGUGAACACAUUGAUUCACUUAUCUCCUUCUUGGAACCAACAGUGCGGCGUCCAACAAUAACCCCAGGUGUGUUAUAAGGGAGCUCAAGCAAAGGUGUUUUUUAGAUACGCACGUCAACCGGGAGUGGAUUUUAUUGUAUACUUGGGAAGUAGAGUGGUUUUGCCCAAAUCCUCGGGCAAAUCGUCUCUAUAAGACAACAGACAUCGAGCAAUACAAAUAGGUUAGAUGCUAGCGUCAAGGCCGUUAAAAUGGAAAAGACCUCACUUCCUUUUGCGUGCAUCCUUCAAAUACGCCUUUCCUUAAUAAGCUCCGUAUUACCGUUUUUUGUCGUAAUCUCCCUUAUAAACCCCCUCACUGAGUUUUCAGCGGGAAAACCUGUUAGAGAGAUAAAGGUACGUUAUGUUAAUGCGUACUAUAUAGCCAUGGCUGAAAAAAAUAAGUCAUUGAGCGAAGAUGGGGCAAGUUUUCAGUUCCUCAUAAUAAACUGAUGGUAUACGACGUCACAUCCCUUAACACAUACACUGUAAGCCAGAAGGAAAUGUCAUGAAACCAUUUAAUAACCAAGCUGACGUCCAAACAGGAUAUUCUGGUUUCUUUCUAAUUUUAUUUUCUAACUUGGCCGCCAUUGUAGGUUUGAAUAAAGUGAAAACUACUCUACCGUUUGAUAACUUGUUUGUUACGUAAUGAAGUCAUCCCUUUCGUCUCUAUAAUCAGUGUCUAUUCAGUUCUAAUGGCUGCAUGCGCAAGGAGUUAUUAGAAUUAGUAUAGUCUACAAAAUAAACCACCAAAAAACCCGAUAGUUUUUACCUUCUCUUUAAACAAAUUGAACGUACGAUACAUUAGCAAAAGAACUUUUGGUCAACAUUUUUUUUCUUGUACGUUAUAAUAGCAAAAGGCAAGGGAGUCCCGUUGAAGCCGUUGCCGACCUCGAAUCCAAACAAAUCCAACUGUCAACCAGACAAGAUUCUAGAAAGUGAGAGACCCGAGUCAGAGCUGAAACUCGUUGAAAUACCAGGCAUAUUUGCAGAUGAAACCUCUCUGUCAGUGGUAGGUGUUGUGACACAAUUUUUGUAGUAGUAACGUUUGAUGAUACGCCGAGAGAAAAUCAUAUGUAUGAGUGCCAAUGGGGGCGAAGGGGUGACCCUUGGUAAAGAUUGCAAAAGCGUUUCGACCGCAUAUCAGCACUUCUGAACCAGAUAUUGAUAUUUUCAGUAGUAGGAUAGGGAUAUUUUAUUCCCCUUUCUUGCACAGAAAUCUUGUGCAUUUGUGGAGAAAUACACAUAAAUGUCGUAUUCUUCAGGAUAUUUACUUCUUAUACCUUAUUCGACGAUUUGUUUCUGGAUUGAUUGAGUACACGUGUAUAAAUACACGAAAAUUGAAGGGCUUCGAGAGAAAUUACAUCAUUGCUAAAGAGCAAAAAAGUGAUGAACAUGGCGCGUCAUUUCAAUCAUCGCCGAAAAUAAACCGCAUGCAUGAUCAUCACGAGACCUAUUUUCAUUUAAUAAAGAUUUUUCGUUUUUUCGACCACUGAAGUAUUCAUUUAUUCAAAAGUAAUCAACUCUUUCAAGCGAUAGAUUCGUGGACCGACCCGUUCCGAAAAAGCUCGACAUCUUUUGCACUAAUCUUCCCUAAGCUUUCUUCACAAAACUUGCUUGGUGCCUUGAAUAUGUCGUCGGUCACGUCACGAUUCUUAUCCCCAGUUUCCACGGUCUCCGUUAGGAACGCCAGGGACCAUGAACCCUUCUGGCGAGCACGCACGAAAGAAAAAAGGAAGAAGAAAAAAACACUUCCAUUUUUAGAGUCUCACGUUUAAGCAAGCUCGACUAAUUACUAGUUUUUUUUAAAGAAAUGUGAUUAUCAUCAGGGCUGAGUUGAGUUAAAUGUCUUGAAAUUCUCUCUUCACUUUCUGUCAUGUCCGAUACUUUUUGUAACAAAUAUACCUUGACUGACGCAUAAAAAAACCUACGUUUUAUUGGAGCCUGCGUAGCAGGCGGUUUUUUGGUGUUUGGUGAGGUCAAACGAGCUGCCAAAAGCCGAACCGAGGUCAUACGAGAAAACUAUGGAGGAGGGUGCGAGAGAAAGACUGAAGAGAGUAUCUGUUUUCUUUCCCUCGCCCCCUGCCCCAUCCUUUUCUAGUUUGACUUCGGUUCAACUUUCGCGCAGCUGUAUCCCUUACUUUACGAAACACAAACGAACACACCCCCUAGAAACAAAACAAAACAAAACAAAAUAGCCGCCACCUACACAGGCUAGUUUUAUUGAAGUCCUUAUCUUGGCUCAAAACUAGUAAAGUCUGAAACAAGUUAAUUUUUAGAAAUUGUGACACAGUUUAAAAAAGAUUAUUAUCUGUGGCAACGGAGAAUGCCUCACCGUUGCCAUUUAUAUUUAUAAGGUCCUUUACAGUAGGAACGAGAAACGACGUUGUCCUACACAAUUCAUGAAAAUCUAAUCUUGGUUUUUUCAUUUGGUUUUUAAGGGAUUUGUUGUGGCAUGUUGCGGAAGUGAAGAGAACUCAUGCGUUCGACUGAUAAAGCACUUCUCAAAGAUAAAAGAAGAGGACUGGAAAAAGGAAGUGGAAUUGGCAAAGGAGCUUAGGCAGGGACUGGAGCAUCCCAAUAUAAUCAAAUACUGCUGCCACUCUGAAAGUAUGCCCCCCUGGCAGAUAACAAAUACUUUGCCUUAUUGCAAUAUGUUGAAUAAAUGGCGACGUGAGAAAAUGCAUUAUCGAAAGCAUUUAGUUAGCAUACAGCUUGAAUUCCGAGCUUAAUGCCUGCCUUAGCAAUUUUCCAAAAUAUUCGACCUUUGGUUCGGCGUAUCAAAUUAUGGGGUGCUCAGUCCUACACAUUCUUGGACCAAAGUGUUAAGGCUGCUCUGUUUUUAAUUGUACUUAUAACUUGUAACUGUAAUCUCAUCGACUGAUCGUCAGUAAGAAUAGUAUUUGCCAUUUGAGAGUUUCUUUUACUUUUUGCAGCGGAAAAAAGUGUUGUGAACUACAAGAAAGCAGAGGGAUUCCCAAGAUUCAGGAAAAGUUCAUUGUAAUUAAAAACUUUCUCUUCUUUUAGCUUGACAGGUGUUAAUAACAAGUGAAUCCGACGAAGGACUUUUUUGAAAGUCUAUUAUAAAUGAUGUUUUUUAAUUUUCCAAAAAUAUAUAUAAUUAAGAGGUUUUUAUACCCCCUUGUUCUUUCUUUUCAUCUUUUUUCUCUUUUUUUUUCCCAUUAAUAGUUUAUUGUGUUUCGACUUUUCUGCAAACACAACUUUGGAGGAGUAUUUGAUAAGUGACGGGAUUAUUUUCAAUGUGGACUCGCUUAUCGCUGUGGCUAUGGACUUGAUCUCUGCCAUACAACACUUGGAACAGAAAGGCGUCGUCCAUAACAACAUAACAAUGUCCAGUGUAUUGAUAGGCAAAGGAUUUAGGGUGAGUUAAAAAGCAUUAUUUAGGAUGCCUUAUAAAGCAAGCAGCUCCUGAAGUUUGAGGUUAUUGUUUAUUAGCCGUAUAGAUUUUCGCAUCUUUCUGUUGAUUUUAUAAAAUUUCUUUCAUGACAGACAAAACAUUCUGAAAGAAUAACGUAUACCGGCUGUGGUGUACGUCAGUGAGGCAUUUGACUAAACUUCCACAGGACCAGGGAACAGAGAAAUCCUCAUCAAAAUUGUGUUAAAGGAAACCUCAUGAUUACUUGAUAUCUUUCAAUUUUGCUUAGAGCGCUAUUAUUGAUCCCCUUGCUUUCUUCCAGGUGCCUCCAAUAACUGCUGUUUUGGGAAGUUUUGGCUUCGCUCAGCGUGUCUGUCAGGAUUUUCCUGAGUGUAUUUUAGAUGGUCGCUCAGUGGAGGACAUUUUAGGAAAGAAUAUACUUCAGUUUGGUUUCGUUCUGAGUGAAAUGAUGAGGAAUUGCUGCGACUCUAAUGAAUUUGAGGAGGUAUUACUGUUAUGUUGUUGUUUGUUGUUGUUUUGCAGUUAAUUUUUAUUUCAUUGAUUUUUAUUUUUCCUUUGUUUUAAAUUUAUUAGCAUACCUUACCAUACCCAAAAACAAUAGAAACAUAAAAAUUAACUGAGAUAAAAAUUAAAUGGAUUAUUUGGUCGAAAACAUUUAUUGCUACUCAGAGUUUCAUGCUCCUUGCGGAGCAAUCAUCAGGCAACUGCCAAAAAUAACGGAUACAUAUGAAGAUGUACAAAAUUUGAAAAUACAGAACAAUGCGUAGUGGCGUGACAUGCAGAAAUAUGAUUGGUUGCUAAGCGAAUACGUUCUUCAAGAGGAAUUUCUUAGAAUGUCUACAAUUAGAUAACAGUUCGCUUCUGUUGUUCAGGGUUGACAUUUCGGGUUUACAGAUAAUAAAAUAUUUUUCCCAUAAACACAAGUUACAUCUCUUGCUUAUACUAGAAUAUGAUUGGGCCUGUUUUACCUUUCGCCACAUCGCUACAUCUACAUAUCUACACAUCGCUCUAGUUUACCUAUUGAGCACUUUAAUAGCUGAUGAAAUCUUCAAUUCAUUAUAUUACUAUAUUAUAUAUAUAUAUAUAUAUAUAUAUAUAUAUAUAUAUAAUAUAGUAAUAUAAUGAAUAUAUAUAUAUAUAUAUAUAUGUAGAUAGAUUAUUGAAAUUUUAAAAGAUACCUCUACCUCACGUGACCCUUGCUUAUGAUAUGGUUUGCACGUGCAUUGAGGUUUACAGAACCUUGUCUGGGAGGCUAUACAUCAGUGUAGAAUCAAAACAGCUAAGAAGGGGAACCUUAAUUAAAGUCCAUUGGACUGAUUCCUGAAGAACCUUAUGCUUUAAUAUAUAGUUUUGCAGAAGAAACAGCAGUUGUAAGAGUGGUAACUAGUCGCAGUACCAGCUUUAGCAGUAGUGGUGGUGUUCUCUCGUAGCAGUAAGUUGUAGCUUGCUGUAGCAGUACAGCAGGAUCAGAUUAAUUCUUAACGGUUUCUUAUAAGUGAUGACUGUAAGAGUGCUGCUAUUAGUAGCAACAACAUGGUUAUGUUUUUUUGUCUGCACCAUGGUUUCCAAUCUUUACUGUACAUCACGUUUACGCAUAAUUCAGUAGCCUUUAAAAUUUCUACAUCAUAUCACAGGCUAACAAACUAAGAAUGCUAUUUAAGAAGAGCAAGCAAACUAGCAUUUAAUUUAGUUGGCCAUAAUGUAAAUAUAGGUGUUAAUAGUAAGAUUUUUUUCUUACAUUUUUUUAUAUUUACUUAUACAUUUCUUUUUUUAGCUUCAAGAGUUGAUGCUUUUGUGCCUUGAACAAAAUCCUGAAGUGAGACCAAACGCAUGUCAAGCAAAAGACCUGGUAGAGAAACUGUGGUAUCGCAAUGAUAUCUGGGAUACUCCAUUGUAG